AUGCUGAGGAGAGUCACGGUUGCUGCAGUCUGUGCCACCCGGAGGAAGUUGUGUGAGGCCGGGCAGGAGCUCACGGCAUUUUGGGGAAUCAAAGAACGGGGUUGGUGCGAAGACUCUGCUGCUGCCAGACCCUUUCCCAUUCUGGCCAUGCCUGGAAGGAACAACGUGAAGUCUACCUGAAGCUGCUCUGACCUUCAGCUCAAUGGACAGGAUCUGGGCGAAAACAGCCGGAUUGCCCGUCUAGAAGCAGAUGAAUCUGAGGAAGAGGGAUGGAGGGGGUCACUCAGUAAUGCCGGGGACCCUGAGAUCAUCCAGUCUCCCAGGGACCCCAAGCAAUACCGAUACAUCAAAUUACAGAAUGGCUUGCAGGCACUUUUGAUUUCAGACCUAAGUAAUAUGGAAGGUAAAACAGGAAAUACAACAGAUGAUGAGGAGGAGAAGGAGGUGGUACUAGAGGAAGAAGAUGAUGACGAAGCUUCUGGAGCUGAAACACAAGAUGAUGAUGAAGAGAGUUUUGAUGAUGAAGAUGAGUUUGAUGGUGAACAUGAUGAUGAUCUUGAUACUGAGAAUAAUGAAUUGGAAGAAUUAGAAGAGAGGGCAGAAGCUAGAAAGAAAACUACUGAAAAACAGUCUUCUGUGGCUCUUUGUGUUGGAGUUGGGAGUUUCACUGAUCCAGAUGACCUGCCAGAGCUGGCACACUUUUUGGAGCACAUGGUAUUCAUGGGUUGUUUGAAAUAUCCAGAUGAGAAUGGAUUUGAUGCCUUCCUGAGGAAGCAUGGGGAUAGUGAUAAUGCCUCAACUGAUUGUGAACGCACAGUCUUUCAGUUUGAUGUCCAGAGGAAGUACUUCAAAGAAGCCCUGGACAGAUGGGCCCAGUUCUUCAUCCAUUCACUAAUGAUCAGAGAUUCUAUUGACCAUGAAGUUGAAGCAGUUGGUAGUGAAUAUCAACUUGCAAGGCCUUCUUGUGCAAACAGAAAGGAACUGUUGUUUGGAAGCCUUGCUCGACCUGGACAUCAUGGGAAAUUUUUUUGGGGAAAUGCUGAGACGCUCAAGCAUGAGCCAAAAAAGAAUAAUAUUGAUACACAUUCUAGAUUGAAAGAAUUCUGGACAUGUUACUACUCUGCUCAUUACAUGACUUUAGUGAUUCAAUCCAAAGAAACACUGGAUACUUUGGAAAAGUGGGUGACUGAAAUAUUUUCUGAAAUACCAAACAAUGGGUUACCCAAACCAAACUUUUGCCAUUUAACAGAUCCAUUUGACACACCAGCAUUUAACAAACUUUAUAGAGUUGUUCCAAUCAGAAAAAUUCAUGCUCUGACCAUCACAUGGGCACUUCCUCCUCAACAGCAACAUUACAGGGUGAAGCCACUUCAUUACAUAUCAUGGCUGGCUGGACAUGAAGGCAAAGGCAGCAUUCUUUCUUUCCUUAGGAAAAAGUGCUGGGCUCUUGCACUGUUUGGUGGAAAUGGUGAGACGGGAUUUGAGCAAAAUUCCACUUAUUCAGUGUUCAGCAUUUCUAUUACAUUGACUGAUGAGGGUUAUGAACAUUUUUAUGAGGUUGCUUACACUGCCUUUCAGUAUUUAAAAAUGCUGCAGAAACUAGGCCCAGAAAAAAGAAUUUUUGAAGAGAUUCGGAAAAUUGAGGAUAAUGAAUUUCAUUACCAAGAACAGACAGAUCCAGUUGAGUAUGUGGAAAACAUGUGUGAGAACAUACAGCUGUACCCACUGCAGGACAUUCUCACCGGAGAUCAGCUUCUUUUUGAAUGCAACCCAGAAGUCAUUGCUGAAGCCUUGAAUCAGCUAGUUCCUCAAAAAGCAAAUUUUGUUCUACUGUCUGGUGCUAAUGAGGGAAAAUGUGACCUCAAGGAGAAAUGGUUUGGAACUCAGUAUAGUAUAGAAGAUACUGAAAACUCUUGGGCUGAGCUGUGGAAUAGUAAUUUUGAAUUAAAUCCAGAUCUUCGUCUUCCAGCUGAAAACAAGUACAUAGCCACGGACUUUACAUUGAAGGCUUUCGAUUGCCCUGAAACAGGAUACCCAGUUAAAAUUGUUAAUACUCCACAAGGUUGCCUGUGGUAUAAGAAAGACAACAAAUUCAAAAUCCCCAAAGCAUAUAUAUGUUUCCAUCUAAUUUUACCCUUGAUUCAGAAAUAUGCAGCAAAUGUGGUCCUCUUUGAUAUCUUUGUCAAUAUCCUUUCUCAUAACCUUGCAGAACCAGCUUAUGAAGCAGAUGUGGCACAGCUGGAGUAUAAACUGGUAGCUGGAGAAUAUGGUUUAGUUAUUCGAGUAAAAGGAUUUAACCACAAACUACCUUUACUGUUUCAGCUCACUAUUAACUAUGUAGCAGAGUUCAGUUCCACACCAGCUGUCUUUACAAUGAUAACUGAGCAGUUGAAGAAGACUUACUUUAACAUCCUCAUCAAGACAGAGACUUUGGCCAUAGAUGUACGGCUUUUAAUCCUGGAAUAUGCCCGUUGGUUUGUGAUUGACAAGUACCAGGCUUUGAUGGAUGGCCUGACCCUUGAGUGUCUGCUGAGCUUCAUCAGAGAAUUCAAAUCCCAGCUCUUUGUUGAGGGCCUGGUACAAGGGAAUGUCACAAGCACAGAAUCUAUGGAUUUCAUGAAAUAUGUUGUUGACAAACUAAACUUCAUGCCUCUGGAGCAGGAGAUGCCUGUGCAGUUCCAGGUGGUAGAGCUGCCCAGGGGCCACCAUCUGUGCAAAGUGAAAGCUCUGAAGAAGGGUGAUGCCAACUCUGAAGUCACUGUGUACUACCAGUCAGCUACAAGGAGUCUAAGAGAAUGUACUCUUAUGGAGCUGCUGGUGAUGCACAUGGAAGAACCUUGUUUUGACUUCCUUCAAACCAAGCAGACUCUUGGGUACCAUGUCUACCCUACCUGUAGGAACACAUCUGGGAUUCUAGGAUUUUCUGUCACCGUGGGGACUCAGGCAACCAAAUACAAUUCUGAAGUUGUUGAUAAAAAGAUAGAAGAGUUCCUUUCUAGCUUUAAAGAGAAGAUCGAAAAUCUCACUGAAGAGGCACUCAACACCCAGGUCACAGCUCUUAUCAAGCUGAAGGAGUGCGAGGAUACCCACCUUGGGGAGGAGGUGGAUAGGAACUGGAAUGAAGUGGUGACACAGCAGUACCUCUUUGACUGCUUUGCCCAUGAGAUUGAAGCACUGAAGUCAUUCUCAAAAUCAGACCUGGUCAACUGGUUCAAGGCUCAUAGAGGACCAGGAAGUAAAAUGCUUAGUGUUCAUGUUGUUGGAUAUGGGAAGUAUCAAUUGGAAGAGGAUGGUACCCCUUCUGGUGAGGAUUCAAAUUAUUCUUGGGAGCUAACAUACCUGCCAACGUGUCCUCUGCUGGCAGACUGUAUCAUCCCCAUUACUGAUAUCAGGGCUUUCACAUCAACACUCAACCUUCUCCCCUACCAUAAAAUAGUCAAAUAAACUGCAGUCGUGUUGGC